AUGACGGAGCCUGGCACCGUGACCACGCUCGCCAAGAUAGGCCCCGCGCUGGCGGCAGGCAUUGCGCGGGCCAGGCUAUUGGUUUCCACGCCACCCGCGCGCUGGCCGAGCAAGAAGUCCUUCCAGUCCCAAGUACACGACGAGAUACACAGGGUGCGCUUCAACACCCCGCUGAAAGACUUCAUCCAGCCACGACUGAACGAGCAUUGCAUUCUGAACGCGAGGCGAGUCCGCUGGGACACCAUCCUGCCGACUCUCAGGAGGAUCUCUGCAUACCAGCGCAUGGUCGUGCUGAAGUCCUGGAUGAGAGGGUGGCACACGAGCCACAGAAUGCAUGAGAGACACCGGCGAGGGUGCUUGUUCAAUUGCGGCUUCCUUUUGGCGGAGGACUCCUGGGAUCACUACAUCAUCUGCCCAAGGCUGCACCACCUGGUCUUCGAGGUGACCCGGACCGAGGGCAGGGCCAAUGGCGCAUUGUACAUACUGGGGCUUGGGGCUCCACCCCGAACGAGCUUGCUACAUCUAGUCAUCAGCUACGAGACCUACCACGCCAUUAAGUUCAAGGAGCCACCCGUCGACGACGAUCAUUACAACCAACACGUGAGGGAGGCUGCGCACGCAGCCGCCGGCGCCCACAGCCGUAGGUGA